AUGUUGUGUGUUGACAGCAAUUACCGCCUCGUUUGUAAGAUUAUAACUGAUUUUUCUGUCAAAUUUGACUAUUUAAAAAUUUUUAAUCCAUACAUCUUAAUGAAUAUUGCACAGAUGAGAAAGACAUACAAGGCAAUUUCUAGUUUAUUUGUAUUCAUGGAAGCUACACUCCACAUCCCAGACAGUGAUAAAGAUACAGCUUCAGACGAUCAUCAAGUAGCUAUUGGAGGCUCUGUGAAUAGGCCACAGACAGUGCAUUCCUCACACUAUAGCUUUGAAAGAUAUCCUGAGAAUGAAACUAAAGUAUCUAUACCUUCCCAAGGCAUUACAUCUAUUGACAGUAAUAUUAAGAGACUAGUGAAACUAAAGAAACUAUAUCUCUGGAAUAACAACCUAAAAUCAUUACCACCAGAGAUAGGAGAACUAAAGAAUCUACAAGAGCUGAGUCUUAGUGGUAACAAGCUCAAGGCAUUAUCAGCCGAGAUAGGAAAACUGGUGAAUUUACAAGACUUGAACCUCAAUGGUAACGAAUUUGAAUUAUUACCAGCUGAAAUAGGAAAAUUAGAAAAUCUAAACGUGUUGUACUUCCGUAGUAACAAGCUAAAGACAUUAUCAGCAGAAAUAAGAGAGUUGAAGAAUCUACAGUAUCUAUAUCUCGAUUAUAACAAGCUUGAGACACUGUCAGAUGUAAUAGGAGAAUUGAAGAAUUUACAGUAUCUACAUUUCAAUUACAACAAGCUGAAGUCAUUACCAGCAGAAAUAGGAGA